AGGGCCCGCAGCCUGAGCCCAGUCUCUUCCCAGGACCUGGUGGAGCUAGAGGUGGUGCAGCUGCGGGCGGUGAGGAUCCGUGCACCCAUCACGCGCAUGAGGACGGGCACCCAGAUGCCCGUCUAUGUCACUGGGGUCACCAACAACCAGAGCCCUUUCUCCUUUGCAAACGCCGUGCCAGGCCUGACCUUCCACUGGUCGGUCACCAAGCGCGACAUCUUGGAGCUCUGCGGACGGCACCACGAGGCGUCCGUCCAGCUGCCCUCGCAGUACAACUUCGCCAUGAGCCUGCUGGGCCGGGCCAAGGGCCGCACGGGGCUGAGGGUGGUGGUCAAGGCCCUGGACCCCUCGGCGGGACAGCUGCACGGCCUUGCCAAGGAGCUCUCGGACGAGAUCCAGGUCCAGGUUUUCGAGAAGCUGCGGCUGCUGAACCCCGAGAUAGAAGCAGAACAAAUAUUAAUGUCCCCCAACUCGUUUAUCAAGCUCCAGACAAACAGGUACGUGUCCCGGCUCCUGUUCACAGCAGGGCUGGGAGCUGCCCCCCCAUGCCCAUCUGGACACCACGGGGCCUUCUGGGCACUGGGCUGGGCCUGGGCGGCCACUGCCCAUCUCUGGCCUCCUCCGGGGCCGCCCUCCUACCGCAGCCUAGAAACAUCUCCCACUCACGGGGGAAGCUCGGGGUUGAAAAGGGGAACAAGUUCCAACUUGGACUGUUAAAUAUUUCAAAUGACUCAGAAGCGGGGCCCAUGAAUUAACCAGAGCGGCCUCACCUGGGACCAGGUCAAGUGCGCCUCGCAGCCCUGCCCAGACCCGCAAGGACAAAGCUGCCCUGUAAUGAGGUCCCUGGGCGGUGGCCAUGCACAUUAACGUCCGAAAAGUGCAUCUUUAAAGGUUCUGAGCA